UCCUCUCCAUCCACCACGUCACAUUAACCCCUCAGCUGCAGCUUGACAUCCAGACUGAUAGCCCCCGGCACCACCAUGCUCUGGAAAUCCCGAACCAAGACCGACGUUCUGCAGGACCGCGCAGACGGACUAAGCGGCUCUUCGCCGAGCGGGCGCCUCUCCCAGCUGUCCUCCCUGAACCAGGCCGCUUACUCCUCGGCUCCCCCGCUCUGCCACACUCCGGCCUCUGACUUCCAGCCUCCGUACUUCCCUCCCCCCUAUCCCCAGUCCUCCCUGCCAUACUCCCAAAGCCAGGACUCAUAUUCCCACCUGUCAGACCCCUACACCUCCAUCAACUCCAUCCAUCAGCAUCAGCAAGUGGCAUGGCACUCGCAGAGGUCGCGCUCCGACGAUGGGGGACUCCUUUCACAGUCGCACCGGGCUCUGAGCCUCGACCCCCGGCGGGAGUAUGCAGCUGUCCCUCGGCUGCUGCACGGUCUCGGAGAAGGUGCUGCCGCUCUCGGGGACGGUCCUCUCGGGAUGCAACUGGGACAUCACGGCCUGGACGAUAUUCAGGGAAUGGAGGAAGGAUCAGCCCUGGGCAUCCUCGACCACUCUGUCAUUAAAAAAGUUCCCAUCCCAUCCAAGCUGAACGGGUCAUCCCUUUCAAUCUUGUCCCUCGGUAAGGAGGGUCUCGGGAUGGGAACCGUGUCCAAUCCAGCCGAGGUUUUCUGUUCGGUCCCGGGUCGCCUCUCGCUGCUCAGCUCCACCUCUAAGUACAAGGUGACGGUCGGGGAGGUGCAGCGACGUCUCUCUCCGCCUGAGUGCCUCAACGCCUCUCUGCUGGGUGGAGUCCUGCGCAGGGCGAAGUCAAAGAAUGGUGGCCGCUGUCUGAGAGAGCGUCUGGAGAAGAUUGGCCUCAACCUGCCCGCCGGGCGACGCAAGGCAGCCAACGUCACUCUCCUAACAUCUCUAGUGGAGGGUGAGGCCGUCCAUCUGGCUCGGGACUUUGGUUACGUCUGUGAGACAGAGUUUCCAGCCAAAGCCACAGCUGAGUAUCUGUGCAGGCAGAGCGAACCGGACCAGCUCCCAACACGGCGAAGUAUGCUGCUCGCCACCAAGGAGAUCUGUAAGGAGUUUGUGGACAUGAUGUCCCAGGACCGCUCUCCUCUGGGCGGCAGUCGACCCAACCCCUGCCUGGAGCCCGGCGUCCAGGGAAGCCUCACCCACUUCAGCCUGCUCACCCACGGCUUCGGUACGCCCACCAUCUGCGCCGCACUCUCUGCCUUCCAGAGCUACCUGAUGGAGGCGAUCAAAAUGCUGGAUAAAGGAGAGGGUGGAGGGAAGAGCCACCACGACAAGGAGAUGAAGCACCGCAAAUAGAGGGAGGACAGACAAGAUGUGUUGAUGGAUGGAUCAAUGGAUGGAUGGAUGAGAUGAGAGGCAGAAAGGAAGAAAAAAGAGGGGAAAAAAGACUAACCGGUGGCCCUCUGCUUCUUUACCUUCGCCUUCAGGAUAAAUACUGAGACUUUUACCUCCCGGAAAAACCUCUGCAGUCUAUCUCAUGGGGAGGCGGGGUCAUGAUGAUAUCUGUACUGUAAUGUGUGUCCACAACCACCUCACUCAACAUGACGCAUGGACCUCUCUUCUCAGUAGCUGGUUUGUGUCAUGAUGGCGUCUCUUCAGGAUGAGUUCCUACAUAUGGCUGUAUUUAUUUCCCCCCUUUUUUAUUUUGGUGAACAUGUCACCUUUAUCUGUGUUUUGGAAACCCCUGCCUUUAUCAGUCACUCUCUCUCACACACACAUACACAUUUUUUUGGACUGAACUCAUCUGGGAAGUGUCGUAAAGCCAUAUCCGAGACAACAACCUGCUCUUUGCUCCUCUUGAACUUUGGGAGACUUUUAACUCUACUUGAUUGGACAAGCACAGCUUCCAUAUGUAGUUCUUCUUAGUGGGUGGUCAUGGGAAAUUGAGUUCUCUGGGGUCUCUAACAGCGGGGUAAGGAGGAGU